AUGUCGGGCUCUCAGUCUUCCGCGAAAGCGCAGUCUGUCGUCGACGACGAGCAGUUGUCGACUGUAUCUCUCGCUUCUCCUAAGCCCGAGGAGCUUGGCGCCGUGGGGAACGGCGAUCCCAAAGAGAUCCCAAUCCUGUGCGACUCGACCACUUGCGAGGUUGGCGACGUUACCUCUGAUAAUGGAGGCAUCUCCGACGGAGAGCGGCAGGAAACGGUUUCGACGACCGCCGAAACCAAUGGAGUGGCUACGGAGCCGACCACCCCCGACAUCAAGAUUGAAUCCGAUGAUGAUCUCGACAUGAAGGACCUCGUUCAGUCGAGCGCGAAGUUUGCAGAUGUCGUGAGUUACCACGCAGAAGCCGAUACCUACAUCCGGAUCCGUGACGCAGAGGGCAACGGCCUUUACUAUAAGGUUUGCUCUGCCCUCGUUGCGGCAGCCUCUCCUACUUUGAAAACCAUCAUCCACGGGCCGGCGGCCUCCGUUUCUCGUAACGGCAAAUUAGUCUUCGACGUGGCCGAUUUUGGCAACGACUCUUUUGGGCUGGACUUGGUCCUGUCCAUAAUCCACUACAAAUUCAAGGAAAUCCCGUCUCGUCCCGACGUCGACCAGCUUUAUGGCCUUGCCAAAGUUGUUGAGAAGUGCGAUUGUGCACACCUCCUGGCUGGGUACAUGGAGAAGUGGGUGUCUGGCCUGAAUUGGCACAUCGUCAUGCAGAACGAGCAGAACGACCACGACAAGACCCUGUAUCUGACCUGGGUGUUGGGCGAAGCCCGCUGGUUCGCGCGCAUGUUAUCCAGGGUUGCCCAGAACGCCACGCUUAGUGACGCGGGGGAAUUACUUGACACUCGGGGCCUGCCUUGGAAGGAUCAGGGACUUCCGGAGUCUGUCAUCGAGUUGAUCAGAAAGGCCCGCAUCGACUGCCUGACCAAGUGUGUGAAGGCUGUAGAUCAGCCACUCCAUGAUCUCAUUGCUGGCGGCGACGCGGCAAUGAAGUUCUGCCGCAGCAAGGACGCCAACGAUGAGCUGAAGCAGUCAUGCCAUCAUCUGCAGCUUGGCUCGCUGAUGAGCUCUUUGGCGGCGGCCAAGCUGGUCCCUUUCCCCACCAUCAAUGGGUACCGCGGUAGCGCUUCGGCUCUGGCCAAGAAGUUGGGUGCCAUGAAGGUCAUCCGUUUCAAGUUGCCUGGCACGCCGGCCCACCUUGACAGCCACAUUAACUGCGGCAUCCAUCAUCAAGAAGCCUUGGAGGAUGCCCUGAGCCAAGAAGUCGAGCUCCCUGUUUGGGUCAUCCAGCAGCUCGCUCUCCGCGCCCAGAAAUCCGGCGCUUGGAGUGAGGAGGUCUUCAAGGGGUUCAACGCGGAGGAGGCGAUUCAAAACGCCUCGGACCCAGCCCUUGAGAAUUUGCUUCUGGACAGCACCCAGUUCAAGCAGGUCAAGGUCAUGGACUAUGUCUUGGCUGACAUGGAACUGGGCGCAGAGCCGGGACGUGCGGAAGGAAGCAUCAAGGAGGAGAAGGUGGAGGCCGAGGAUACCGGGGCCUGA